GUCACUUGAUUGGCAGCGCGACUAACUGCGCAUAAAACGGUUUUACCACUUGAGUACACGGAUGUGAGCCAGGCCUGUCUCCUCCGAACACAACCAUGGCAAGAAGUCAAGUGGCCAGUCAGGAGCUGUCUGAUGUGCUAAAUGAACUGUGGCGCCUGGACGUCAACCGCCUCAAGCCGGGCACUGAUUACGUCAUUGCCCCUCAGGGGCGAGCCGGCUACGUGGCUCAGGGCAGCAACUAUGCCAGGGACCGGGCCAGGGCACCGCUCUUCAAGUACGUCAAUGAGGACAAACUGAAGAACAUAGAGACAUACGCACACUUCAUCAAUUUGCUGGACAACUACGAGAUGUCGACGGGCGUGUCAGAAUCGGUGACCCACGAGGAGCUUCAGGAGAACUGCAAGUUCCUGGACGCCAUCCUUGAGACGGACGUCAUGAAGCGCGCUCACCAGUAUCUGGUCAAGAAGAGGCAGUCGUCGACGGACGUGGCGAGCUUCAAAAAGCAACUCUACGACAUCUGGUUCCGUCUGUACCACCGUGACAGGAGCGGAGGGGAGGACUCGUGCGGGUUUGAGCACGUGUUCGUGGGCGAGACUAAGCAGGGCCAGGAGAUUACGGGCCUUCACAACUGGGUACAGUUCUACCUACAGGAGAAGCACGGCCACAUCGACUACAAAGGCUACAAAGCUAGGGACAACAAAGACACCCCCGACGAGGAUGACCACGUGCUCAACCUGCAGUUCAGCUGGAAGGGCCUGGUCAAACCCGUGGGCGGGUCCUUCGUGGGGGUCAGCCCCGAGUUGGAGGUGGCGCUGUUCACCAUCGUCUUCCUGAUGUCCGGUGACAAGAGCACCACGCUGGAGGUGAAGGUGGACGAGUAUGUGCUGGAACUGGUGGUCUACAGACACGGACGCUCCAUCGGCUCGUCCUACCCCAAGCUCCUCAGUAGCAACCACAGUGACUUGUAGUUGAUUACUUUCGUUUUUUUCCCCCCUCAAAAUUGUACACAAAAUACAUAAAGUACCCCGUUUACAAAAACUUAAUUGACACCGGCUACAACUGAGAGUCCUAUCAAGGGAACAAAUACAGUAAAUAGAAAACUACCAAAGAACAAGCAGUAACAGCAAACACAAAUGUACUCCAAUGCACCAUGCUAGUCACAGAAGAUCAAAAUCAAAACUGCUUUGUUCACAAAAAGUUGGUUAAUACCGGCCUCUGAUGAGCGUCAAUCAAGGGAGAAAACUACCAAAAUAUAAACAGUAACACCACAAACUGACUGAAAUGCAUGAUACCAGUCACAGGUUAUCCAAAUGUGCUUUGUUCACAAACAGUUGGUCAAUAGUGGCUCCGAAUAAGUCCAACAACAGGAAGUAGGAAACUCACAAAAUACAAGUACAGUGAGAAAAGCACAAACUGACUCACAUGCACCCUGCCACUUAUCGUCCUUUAGCUUGGCGUGCUUACAUGAUUAAUCGUUAGCCACAAUGCUAUCAGACACAGGCUCUUUACAUUACUAUUUGCUUGCCAAAAUCAAUUUGUUUUUAAUUACCUACUUAGUAAAUGUAUUGAUCAUACUGUACCGAGCAGCUUGAUCGUUUGUUAUGUUGCAAUAAGUUCCAGUUCCUGCUGUUUUUAUAGAAAAGAAGCAUUUUAAGCAUUGUAUCAUGAUAAGAAGAUAAGCACUGUAUCAUAAAACUAAAGUGACUCGCUGGUUCUGCAUUUGUCACUUGUUUUUCCUCAAAUUAAGUCAAACGGCAAAAUCAAUAAGGACAUGACAAAAGAACAGACAGAAGGAACAGAGAAAAAUCUAGUUUUAUUGUAUUUCUUUUUAAAGAUGGUUCACGAUUAAAUGUAAAUGAAAAUUAACAUCUGUAAACAAACGAACACGCUUUAUUAUACAAUGACGACUUAUGAUAGUUUCCAUGUUCAUGCGAGCAUUUGAAUGACACAGCUGUCACUUCACAGGCUUUAUUUGACAAAAUAAUAUGGCUUCUUUUUGCACUAAGGUUAAUAUAAUGGCGUGUGUCGUUAGCGCCUCACAGCCGCAAUACAAAUUUCACACCACCUAUUUUUGUUAUUGUUCUAAAUCAUGGGUAUAAAUUAGCGCUAAUGAGUUAGAGAUUUCUUUUGUGCGCUUUCAGGCGUCAACGACACGGAUGUCUGUCCUACAGUGGGACCUCCUCAAGGGAAUCCUUUUGGGCUCAACCAUCACACAAGUGUGAAAAGAAGUUGCCACUAUAAAGUAAAACCACUUUAUGACACCUAGCCUGACUGAUGUGCAACAGUAUAUAUCAUUAGCCACAUGCUAUUUCUGUUAGCAUCUCCUUGUAAAAUUGUUUGAAAUAUGUCAUUAACCGUGGUUCUCAUAUUGCAUAAUAGAAGUUAAAGCCAUAUGGUUAGCUUUAGCCUAAUAGCGUAAUUGCCCAAGUAAUUUUUUACUUACUGCCACAAUAUCAAUUAAAAAAACGCCAACGUGCUUUGCUAAAAUUGUGUUUUUUCUCGUCUGCGUAGACUCCCAGUCACGGUACUCCAUAAUUGGACUUGUUUGUUGAAUUUGUUGUGUUUUUUUUUCUUGUUUCCAAAAAACAUUCAAAAUGACUUAGGCAACUAUGCUAUGUAAAUGGCUAACAACAAUCCAUAAUGGAUUAAAUUCACCCCCCCCCACCCCCAAAAAAAAAAUGAAUUCUACACAAAAAACAGCAUCAAAUCAAAGAGACAAU